UGGAGCCACACACACACACACACACUCACACACACAUACUGAAGGAAAGAAAACCAGCUUUCCUCCUUGAGUUGGGCAGAAGGAGUCCGUUUAAUCUCACAGAACAAACCGCAUCGAGUAAUUCUUCGCUAAAUGUUUCUAUGUUCCGCGGACACGCGCGCGAGGAGCUGAUGAAGCUUUCUGACGGACUUUAGAGGCUCGUGAAUGAAGAUGUUGAGAGAUCUGAACGUCAUAAAUUCAUAAGGAGCUUCAUUCAUCAGACUGAGGUGUGUGAAGGGUGGAAGGUCAGAUGAUCAGGGCGGGACGACAGGCUGAGACGCUCUGAGCCGCUCGACACGUCCGCAGACAGACAGACAGACGCAGGCCGGCCGUCAGUGCGGAGUAACUGUGGAGGGAGCAGCGUGCGUGUACGUGUGUUUCCAUGCCCUGGUCGCGCGGGCAGGCGGCUCGAGUCUCAGGGAUGGAGCUUCAGGUUCGGACGGGGACCCGCUGGAUGCCACUGCUGGUUCUGCUGGGAGUGAUGUGUCUGCGCUCGUCCGCUCAGGCGAACGUGCUGGACACCAUGUUACAGAGGAAUUCUGGGAAGGUGACGGCGGGCGGCAGUAAAGAGAGCAGCGGCAGCGCGGCACCUGUGACUCCAGAGAGGAUGUUGUUGUGUCAGUGUAACCAUCACUGUCCUGAAGACUCCACCAACAACACCUGCAGGACUGAUGGCUACUGCUUCACUAUGGUGGAGGAAGAGGAGGGCGGCUCUCCAGUGCGCACGUCUGGCUGUCUGGGUUUAGUGGGCUCAGAGUUUCAGUGCAGGGACACUGGGAACGCUCGUCUGAGGAGGAUCCUGGAAUGCUGCACAGAGCAGAAUUACUGUAACCAGGAUCUCCACCCGACGCUGCCUCCGCUCAAGAGACCCGAUCUGGACAGCAGCAUCCAUCAGGUGGCUCUGCUCAUCUCAGUGACGGUCUGCUGUAUCAUUCUGGCCCUCGUCAUCAUAUUCUGCUACUACAGAUACAAGCGGCAGGAGACGCGUGCGCGCUACAGCAUCGGUCUGGAGCAGGACGAGACCUUCAUUCCCGCUGGAGAGUCUCUGAAGGAUCUGAUUGAACAGUCUCAGAGCUCCGGCAGUGGAUCAGGACUCCCUCUGCUGGUGCAGCGAACCAUCGCCAAGCAGAUCCAGAUGGUGAAGCAGAUCGGGAAGGGCCGUUACGGCGAGGUGUGGAUGGGCCGCUGGAGGGGCGAACGCGUCGCCGUCAAGGUCUUCUUCACCACGGAAGAGGCCAGCUGGUUCAGAGAGACCGAGAUCUACCAGACCGUCCUGAUGAGACACGAGAACAUCCUGGGAUUCAUCGCGGCAGAUAUAAAGGGCACGGGCUCGUGGACGCAGCUGUAUCUGAUCACAGACUAUCACGAGAACGGCUCGCUGUACGACUACCUCAAAUCCACCACGCUGGACACCAAAGCGCUGCUGCGUCUGGCGUACUCGGCCGUCUCCGGCCUCUGCCACCUGCACACGGAGAUCUUCGGCACGCAGGGCAAACCGGCCAUCGCUCACCGAGACCUGAAGAGCAAAAACAUCCUGGUGAAGAAGAACGGCAGCUGCUGCAUCGCUGACCUGGGGCUCGCCGUCAAGUUCAUCAGUGACACUAAUGAAGUGGACAUCCCGCCCAACACUCGGGUCGGUACCAAACGCUACAUGCCUCCGGAGGUCCUGGACGAGAGCUUGAACCGCUGCCAUUUCCAGUCCUACAUCAUGGCCGACAUGUACAGCUUCGGCCUGAUCCUGUGGGAGAUGGCCAGGAGAUGCGUGUCCGGCGGGAUUGUGGAGGAAUAUCAGCUGCCGUAUCAUGAUCUGGUGCCGACGGACCCGUCCUACGAGGACAUGAGGGAGGUGGUGUGUAUCAAGAGACAGAGACCCUCGUUUGCAAACCGCUGGAGCAGCGAUGAGUGUCUGAGGCUGAUGGGUAAACUGAUGACCGAGUGUUGGGCUCACAAUCCGGCCUCUCGUCUGACCGCCCUGCGGGUGAAGAAGACGCUCGCCAAGAUGUCCGAGUCUCAAGACAUUAAACUGUGACACUCACGUCCGUCCUGAGAGUCCGAGCGGAUUUAUCCUGCUUUCUGUGAAAGCUCACGCAGCCGCCUGCCGGACAGAGACACGAGUGGACAAACUCUGAUCAACUGUCACUGACAAUCUAACGCAAUGAACCCAUAACACACUUCAUGGGACUCAAUCUGUAUCUCAAUCUUUAAAUAUUCAUGAAGGCUUUUUAUGAUGACAAAACAAACCAAACGAUUCAAUGAAAUGCAUUUUCAAACCCUGAACAGUGUCCAACAUUGAAAAUGAAACAUCAUAUUCUUCAGAAGACAAAUGCAGCACCAGGUUUACCGUCCAGUCGUUUCAUUGCUCUGAGAACCGCUGAAAUACAUCCUUGUAAAAUAUGAAUGUAAAUAUUGAAUGUCAUGAGUAACAGAAAAAUGAUUUCUUGUGUCACAUGAACGUUUGUACAGGAUGUUUUGUUUCAUGUUGACUUGUGCCUUAUUUAACAAACAUGUAAAAGUUUAAUAUUUGAUAGUUCUGUGUAAAUGGAGUGAAAAAUAAAUGUACGUGUUUAACAUUCCCCUCCUUUAAUAAAGUGAACUCAAAUCUA